GAAGUAGAAAGGUCACAUGAUGACGGCAAAGAUGGCAGCCUCCAUAGUGGAGCAUGGAGAAGAUGCUUUUAGAAAACUGUUCAAGUUUUACAAGAGGAGAAAUCCUCCUCCAGACUUCAGUGAGGUCAUUAAUUUCUCCAAACCUUAUAAUGACAAGAUUUUUACCUGUGAACUUAACUCCACUCCUAUAAGUGAGGAAGAUGUUUCUAAAGCUGGUCUUCGGCCGGUAAAAGACUGGAAAGCUUUUGGUUUGCAUGGAUAUCCAGGGUUUAUUUUUAUAUCCGACCCAUUCCUGCCGGGCUCUCAGCAGUACUGGGUAAAGCAGUGUCUGAAGAUCUAUCCACAGAAACCCAAUGUGUGUAACCUGGAUAUGCAUAUGUCAUCUGUGGAGACUGAAAACAUCUGGGAAAGAAGCAUAGAUGUUAUUCGGAGGAAAGGCUGUGGGAAAAGAGAGCCCAAAACCCUGCUAGAAAAACUGCGCUGGGUGACUCUUGGUUACCACUAUGAUUGGAACUCCAAGAUUUACUCCCCAGAUCACUACACUCCCUUCCCCAAGGAACUUCAAUCGCUUUCUCACAAAGUGGCGGCAGCCUGUGGCUUUCCUGGUUUUAAUGCAGAGGCGGGCAUUCUUAACUACUAUCGAUCUGAUUCAUCGCUUGGAAUCCAUGUUGACGAAUCAGAGCUCGACCAUACCCGACCUUUGCUGUCUUUCAGUUUUGGACAGACUUCCGUUUUCCUGUUGGGAGGGACUAAGAGAGAAGAUCGUCCCACAGCCAUGUUCAUGCACAGCGGAGACAUAAUGGUGAUGUCAGGACCCAGCCGCCUACUCUAUCACGCAGUACCCUGCAUCGUCCCCGCGCCUGCUGGAAAUGUCCUGCCACCCUGCCUGGGCCAGAGACUGGAGGCGAAGGCGCAGGGUGAUGACAUCAUCCAGAGCGUGUCAGAGGAGGAUUGGGAGGUUUGCUCCUGGUACUUGCAGACGUCUCGGGUAAAUGUGACCGUUCGACAAGUACUCGGUUCCGGUCAGGACUUCCCGAGUACACAGGCGUCACAUUUAUCAACAGACGGCUGUGAGAAAUCAGAGGAAGAAACUCAAAAAAAUAAGAAGAGGAAAUCAGGCUAUGAGCGUGACACUUAACAUGUCUGUUUUGGAUUGGAUCCAAGUUUUAUUUAUGUAAAAUGCACCUGGUAUUAAAAAUUGUACAUAUGACUGCAAA